AUGGGGCACCCGCCUGAGUCAACCGCAGGCUGUGGCCUACAUAAUGGGAGUGAGGCAGCCAUCCAGCGCGCAGCUUUGGGGUGCGGCCUAAAAGGCGCAGGGGGGCAAGAUGGGGCCAUCCGCCUGUAUUCUCCGCCUGGCCAGGAUUUGGGGUGUGGGUACCCCGUCUUCUCUUCCCUCACUACCCUCCCCCAGCCAGCGCACAAGCCCUCCCUUCCCGCGCUUGCCCGCGUGGAGACAAGGCGGCCGCGACCUCCGCGGGAUGGCGUUGGGCCUGCAGUCGCCCGAACGCCGCCUCCUGGUGCGAUCCUUCCGAGGAGCUCACUUACUUCGACUGUGAGGGUCGGAGUCUCUGCGGAGAGUGGUGCUCAUCGCAUCCUUGUGAGGGUGGGAUCGUCCUCUGCAAAUCCUGAGACUCCAAACUCAGCCAUCUCCAGAGAAGCCAGCACUCAGUCCUCAUCAGCUACAACCAGCCAAGGAUAUGUUUUACCAGAAGGCAAAAUCAUGCCAAACACCGUUUUUGUUGGUGGAAUUGAUGUUAGGAUGGAUGAAACCGAAAUUAGAAGUUUUUUUGCUAGAUAUGGUUCAGUAAAAGAAGUGAAGAUAAUCACGGAUCGAACUGGUGUUUCCAAAGGCUAUGGAUUUGUUUCAUUUUUUAAUGACGUGGAUGUGCAGAAGAUAGUAGAAUCACAGAUCAAUUUCCAUGGUAAAAAACUGAAACUGGGCCCUGCAAUCAGGAAACAAAAUUUAUGUGCUUAUCAUGUGCAGCCACGUCCUUUGGUUUUUAAUCCUCCUCCUCCACCACAGUUUCAGAGUGUUUGGAGUAAUCCAAAUACUGAAACUUACAUGCAGCCUCCAACCAUGAUGAAUCCUGUAACUCAAUACGUUCAGGCAUAUCCUCCUUAUCCAAGUGCACCAGUGCAGGUCAUCACCGGAUACCAGCUGCCUGUAUAUAAUUAUCAGAUGCCACCCCAGUGGCCUGCUGGGGAACAAAGGAGCUAUGUUAUACCUCCGGCUUAUACAGCUGUGAACUACCACUGUAAUGAAGUUGAUCCAGGGACUGAAGUUUUACCAACUGAAUGCUCAGUUCAUGAAGCUACUCCAUCCUCUGGAAAUGGCCCACAAAAGAAAUCUGUGGACCGAAGCAUACAGACGGUGGUAUCUUGUCUAUUUAAUCCCGAAAACAGACUGAGAAACUCUCUUGUUACCCAAGAUGAUUACUUCAAGGAUAAAAGAGUGCAUCACUUUAGAAGAAGUCGGGCAGUACUUAAAUCUGUUUGA